AUGCACCUUUCACCUCGGAGUGAACGGGCCGGAAGACGCUUGCCUCUGUCGCUGGCAGCACUCUCGAAUCACGCGGUAGAAGGCAAAACGACGGGCGGCAUGUUGUCACCUACUUACCGACCCAUUAACCCGCGAACGUUGUUCGCUUGUUCGCCGGCGAUCCGACGAGCCGGCCUCAAGAGGAUGGCCCACACGUCGCCUCACCUCGCCUCUGUGCUCUGUCUGUUGCUGACCGUCGUCGCCGUGGCCCAAUAUCAGCCGUACUGUCCAAGAGAGGAGUCGAGCAUCACGUUCAAAGAGUACUCGCUGAAGAACAAAAAGCGAUGCGGCCAGCUGACCAGGACCGAGUGCCUGACCGUAGAGGAGGCGAUGCGCAGGUGUCCAUGUACCUGUGGCUAUUACCGCACCGGCAGCCGUACUUCUCAGACCUACGGCCAAAACUACGGCGGUACCUACGACGACGGCAGCCGCAUGAUCUAUCUUCACCUAUACCGUCCGUCUUCAGUACCUGUAGCACCGUCGUACGCAAAUCCGUAUCGCUGCUUCCACGGCGACGCAUUGGUUAGAACAAACGAGGGCGUUCUGAAGAUGAGGGACCUGCCAAAACGACCGAACGUGCGGGUGCUUGCCGUUGACUCUGAUGGCAACCUCACCUAUUCGCCUGUGGAAAGCUGGAUGCAUGCGGACCCCAACCGAUGGGGCACAUUCCUGACGAUCACGACGGAAUCGGGCAGAAGCGUGCAGCUGACGGACCUGCAUCUGAUUUACGAAACCGACUGUGAGGGGCAUCGGAGGACGAUUCUGGCACGUAAGGUUAGUCUGGAUCGUUGCUUGCUGGUGCGGCUUGGCAACAACGUCGUCGAGAGCCGCGUCGUGAGCCUGGACUUUGAACCGCAGUCCGGCGUCUACGCUCCAGUGACCAGCACCGGAAACAUAGUCGUGGACGACGUGGUCGCCUCCUGCUACUCGACCAUCGAAGACGAGACGCUGCAGAAGAUCAUCCACUCCUAUAUCAUGUUUAUACAACGCGCAUUUUCCAAGUUCAUGCCGGCGUCUUUGCAGGAAACAAUUUACGGAAAGGUCGAAGAUCCUAUGCCCAUUCCGGGGGUGUGGAUGGCUUUUCUACAACUGAGCAGCGCCUUUGUGCCUUCAUGA